GCGAUUAACCAAAAGUAAAAGAAAACUUAACAAGGAAAAUAUUUUAUAUUUAGGUAGAAAUAUAAAAUCUACCAGUCCUCAUUAUAGAGUAGUCUCUCAAUAGUCUCUUCUUGCUUGAUCUGUUGCUGUCUUAUAUUCUACUACUGUGAUUUUAAUUUGAUUGCAAUUUUUUGUUGAUAUUUUUUUCUUUUAAUUUGUUUAUAAUGUUAGGGAAUCUAAAGGAAUUUAUAUCUGUUGUACAAGAUGGAUUAAGUGCAAAUAACAAUUUAAAACAAACUUUACAAGAAGUGCAGAAGGUAAAAAAUAUAUUCAAAGAUAAACAGAAAGUAAACAGCGAUGGAAAAGUGAAUUAUGGUGCUGGAGGUGCAUUACUCGAGAAAUAUCAGGAACAGUGGGCUGAACUACAUCAGAAUGCAGACAGAAACGCUAAAGCUGCCGAUGAAGUUGAUAAAUUAAUACUAGAAUUGCAUGAGAGUACUAAAAUCAAAUUACAAAAUGCACAUGCAUUAAGCCAGGGUUUAAUGCAGAUACCAGCUUUGACUGCUGCUGUUGCACAGUGUAUGGAUAGCUUAAAGAAUGUUCAACAUUUAUUGAAGUCUGUCGAGGAUGAUCUGGUAGAAUUUGAGGAUAUUGUUGAAAGGAGAGCUAUGGAAAAGUGGAAGUUAGACCAUCACUAUCAUCUCACUUUAUAUAAGGAAAAGAAAAUGGCUGCCCUCGAAGAUAUCCGUAAUCAGUUAGCUAAAAAUAAUACAGAACUGAGUUUUGAGAAAGAGAAAAGGGAACUAGCAGAGUUGCAGGCACGGAGAGAAAACAGUUCUGUAGCAUUUCAGAAUGAUAUGGCAAGAUAUUUGAAUAGUGGUAUUGUGCCAGUUGGCCCAAGUGGUCCACCAUCUUCACCUAGAAUGACUUUAGAGCAAGUGGAAUUGGAAGAUGAUGGUUCUGAUUUAGAGAAAUUCCUGGACAAGUUGUCACAUUGAUGUGGUUAUGGUGAUAUCAUUUAGAGCUUAAAUAAUAUUUAAUAUUAUUAAUAAUAAGAAUUCUAUUUACUGUUUCCAAUGUUAAAUAUAAUUUUGUUGAUAUUUUAUCAUA